CACGUUAAACCAGUGAAAGAAGGAAGCGCCUUGCCACACAAGAAGGACCGGAAGGACUCCCUCGUGGCCCCGAAAAAGGACAAGCCCAUGGCGAGCAAAUCUCCGACCGAGGACGACGCUAGCGGAUUUCAGAAGCGGAGGAAGGGCCUGCACUUGUCCAGCCUCAAGCGCAAGACCGAAGCAGAAGACGCAGAAACGAUUGCUAAGCUAAGGGGCCUGGUGGUCGCCCAACUGGAACAACGCUCCUUGAAGGCGGACCAGGAAACGCAAAAGCGAAAUACAACGGCGAUGGCAGCUCUCGUCGUGAUCUCUUGCGUCUUCCUGCUAUCGGUGAUGAUCCUAUUGUUGCGGACAUUGAGCUCCAAGAAACCACAAGCGACCGUGCUGUCCUGGUGCACGGCGGACGGUUGCCUCGAACACACGGCCCUCCUCACCAAAAGCAUGGACAGAUCCGUUCAGCCGUGUGAAGACUUCUACGCGUACGUGUGCGGCAACUGGAAGCACGGCUCCCUUGGCAUAAUAAAUAUCUCGGACGCCGCGGGUAUAGUGAGAGCAAGACUCCAGCAGGCGAACGCCCUCAUGCUUUUCAACGGCACGAGCAGUCUGGCGUCGUUCAACAGAGUAGCAGCGACGUUUAAAUCUUGCAUCGAAAGAGGGAAAGAAAAUCUGCCCUCGAACUUAAGAAGGCUGAAAAGUUUCAUGAAGGCUCGUGGCAUUCCUUGGCCUUACGAAGCGCAGGGUGACAGGCAUCCUUUAGACGUCCUUCUGGACUUGGACAUCAACUGGGGCUUGCCGGUGCUCUUCGAGACCAGGCUUUUCAAGGACUUUCCUCAAGUCUCCGUGGUCGUGCGUUCCAAUCGCCUGACAGACAUUAUUCUCGGAGAAGAAAAGCUUCAAGGAUUCUUUGACAAGGAGAUUAUUCGAAAUCGGAUGUUAGUCUUUCAUCCCAUUUAUCAUCAUGGGGACCAAAAUAUGAAAAUGUUAGAGCCCGUGCAAGAUACCUAUGAAUACAUAAUCAAAAAGCUUAAAAUCGCUGUCGUCAACUCGCGGGGCUUCACACGCAUGACUAUCGACGUACUGCAAGGUACAGCAUCACAAACUAACAGCAGCAAGAACACGUGGCUGGGGCUUCUGAACAGAUAUUUUCGCACUGACAACCACACGACCUUGACAGGCAGUACCGAGGUAGUCACAAAUAAUGCCGAACUUCUUGCGGCUGUAAACGAUCUGACCAGAACCUUACCGUGGAAACAUGUUCUUAACGUCAUUGGGUUUUGGUUUGUUGAACUUUACACGAACGUUGCCGAGGACUCACUUCUCGCGAUUACGUUCUACAGCUCAGCCAUGAAGCUGCUUCCAAUGGUAUGCUAUUAUCAAAUUGAACAGAGGUAUGGCGCAGCCAUGUUGACUGGCUACGUGGACGCCCGCUUCCCAAAGUCGAGUCAGGAUCUCGUCACUACGCUGUUGACAAAUAUAAAACAGAACGUCAUAUUAAGAUUGGGACAGAAAAACAGUGGUGCCGCCGACAGGGUGCGCCAACUCCAUUUUCGACUCUGGCCCUCUAAAUCUAUAGAAAGCUCGCUAAACAAGGCUUUUCCCAAUCAGUGGAGUCUCUACAUCGACUUCUGGAAUCAGACGCUUGGCACAAAAGGCCGGCUUUUGGGCCUACCAGAGUAUGACGAUCUCUACGACCUGCCGGGAUUAUUCGACCCAAUCGUGGACUACAUGCCUUUGGGGAACAAACUGUCAAUUUCACUGAGUGCCCUUUCUUCACCGUUCUACUACAGAGACGGCACCAUGGCCAUCAACUAUGGCGGUCUUGGAUGGCAAGUUGCACGGACGGCCUUCAGAGCGGCAAAGGGCACGGUAAGCGUUCUUAAAAGAAAUCUGCAUUUUUUCAAUAUCAGCUUUUGCAUUCUAAAGAAAGCUAGUUAA